CCAGAGCAUGCCCUGGUGAGAGGGCUCCUCUAGGGGAGCCCAGGGCGCUCCGGGAGCCUGCUGGUUUCGGGGUGUCUCCUCCCGGGGCGCUAUGGCGGCGUUGGCCAGUAGCCUGAUCCGACAGAAGCGGGAGGUCCGCGAGCCCGGGAGCAGCCGGCCGGUGUCGGCGCAGCGGCGCGUGUGUCCCCGCGGCACCAAGUCCCUUUGCCAGAAGCAGCUCCUCAUCCUGCUGUCCAAGGUGCGACUGUGCGGGGGGCGGCCCGCGCGACAAGACCGCGGCCCAGAGCCUCAGCUCAAAGGCAUCGUCACCAAACUGUUCUGCCGCCAGGGCUUCUACCUCCAGGCGAAUCCCGAUGGGAGCAUCCAGGGCACCCCAGAGGACACCAGCUCCUUCACCCACUUCAAUCUGAUCCCCGUGGGGCUCCGCGUGGUCACCAUCCAGAGCGCCAAGCUGGGUCACUACAUGGCCAUGAACGCCGAGGGGCUAUUGUACAGCUCGCCGCAUUUCACAGCAGAGUGUCGCUUUAAGGAGUGCGUCUUUGAGAAUUACUAUGUCCUGUAUGCCUCUGCUCUCUACCGCCAACGUCGUUCCGGCCGGGCCUGGUACCUAGGCCUGGACAAGGAGGGCCGGGUCAUGAAGGGAAACCGAGUCAAGAAAACCAAGGCUGCUGCCCACUUUGUGCCCAAGCUCCUGGAGGGUGGGUAUGGGCUCCAGAAAAGUGGCCAUGUACCGGGAGCCUUCUCUCCACAGUGUCCCCGAGACCUCCCCUUCCAGCCCCCCUGCCCCUUGAGCUGUAGUCCCUGGACUGGAGGCUCCCUGCACUUCCGGCGAGCCAGCCACCGCCCACAGCCUGCCUCGUAGCCCUGCGCCAGGCCCUGCUGCUCUUCCCCGUUACCACACACAUGCCCUAAGCAGCCAGGUCUCACCAGGUGCUGCGCCCCGAGGGAGCUUAGGGGCUGGCCGCCGCCGGGACUUCCGGGACUUCCGGAGUUGCUGAGUUCUUAGAUCCUGGGGCCUAGGAGAGGUUCCGAGGUGGGGGUGCCUGACAUGAUCCUGGCUGACCACCUAUUUCUUUUCACACUAACUCCUCCCCCUCCAAAGAACCCCACUUUUCCCCGAGAUGGCGCUGGGGUUCCAAUGAUAAAGGGAGGGAGUUAAUACUCCUUCCUCGCCCUGGCUGAGCCAGUUUCUGAAGCCAUGCACUGUAUUCUCCUUUACAUUGCCACGAAGCCAUAGCUUUCCAGGUUGCGCCACUGGCACUCAGAACUAGUUUCCUUUUUUCCCAUUCCACCUCCUGCCUUGGUCUGGACGGGUUCUGAUCCAGCUGAACACCCCAGCCAGGGCCCUUCUGUGUGCUGUAUUAGAACCCAGGCAUGGAUCCUUUAAGCUUUGAUGGACCCCCCUGGUUUUUUGUUUUUUAAAGAAGAGGCUGAAUUCGAGCCCCCUAAUGUCGCCACUGGCCUUGGUCUGAAGUGGAACCAGCCUCAGGUCACACCACAUGUUAAACCUUCGGAUCCCAGAGACACCCAGUUCUAGAGCAUGGUGUUCUAGACCUCUUUGGAGCCAUACUUCCUCCUGAAUCUCAGCUCCAGGACACGGACCAUGACUCUCAGCCCUUUUUUCCAGGAUGGGACUAGGGCCUGUAUAGCCAUAUUAUUGUACUAGAGUCAGUUCUAAACCCACUCCUUCACUUCCUCUAAUGAUUAUUUAAGAAUGAGCUGUGGAUAGAACUCAGCUAUGAUUCAUUAAGAACUAAUUGGUUCUGAGCUGUGCUUAGUAGCACAUGCCUGUAAUUCAGCACCUGGGAGACUGAGUCAGAAGGAUUUCAAGUUGGAGGCCAUCGUGGGCUAUAAUAGCAAAGCCCUGUCUGAAAAGCCAACACACACACACACACACACACACACACACACACAGAGAGAGAGAGAGAGAGAGAGAGAGAGAGAGAGAGAGAGAGAGAGAGAGAGAGAGAGAGAAUGCUUACUACUACUAAUCAGUACUGAAUGAAUCAAGAACUAAGAACUACUGCUUGUUUUUCCUAGAUAAUUUUUUAAAAAUCCCCUUCCCUUUAGAAUGCUAACCUCACUUUUACAUGGUUUCUAGUUUUAGCAUUCCAACCGGGGUUCUGCCAGGGAAACAAGAGUCUCGGGAAAGGUACAGGAAUUCUGGAAGAAUAUACCUGGGGCAGCUCAGAGGAGGAAAAUGGCAUGCUUUGAUUGAAUUUGCGUCUGCCUUGGGGAGACAUGAACACUUAGCUACCUCAGCAGGAAUUCCUUCCAGGUCCCUUCUAAAGCUGAGGUCCUUUGCUUGAUAUGGUGUGGUGCGUUUGUGAGGUGGAGGAAGGAGAAUUGGGAAUAAAGGGCUAGCCUGGGCUACAUAGGGAGUUCAAGACCAGCCUGGGCUAUGUGAGAGCCUAUCUCAAACAACCACAGAAAACUGAGGUCUGUCAGGAUAAUAACUCCAGAAUAAGAAAGGACAAAUAGGGACAGCCUUGAUUUCCCCCCUCCCAGCAAGGAGACCCCCCAACUCAGCAAUAAGUCCAACUUCUCCCUCCUACAGGUCAGGCCUAGGAAAUGAGGGGCCUCUUGGGCUCCCAGACCUCAUAUAUCCCCAGAGCUUCUAAUUAUAGAAUUUACUUUACCUUACAGCUUAUAACCUCAGCUGAAUUUUAAGUACCCAAAAAGGACCUGACAAUGGGGACCCUCUAGUAAUCUACCCUCGGGGUAGAUUCCGAGCCUAGCAGAUGUAGGUGGAAAGGACUACGGAGGUCCUAAGGGAGAGGCUAGUUGCACAAAGGCAGGUCACUUUUCCUCAGGCCCUUUUACUUCUUGGCUUGUUGCAAGAGAUGCCCCCCCCCCGUCCCCCCCAACAGACCCCGCUCAGGCUCCGCCCAUCCCCUGGCUCUGCCCUCGGGGGGGACUGGGUCUCCAAGCUUUCUCUAAUUAAAGAUGAUUUGUACAA